GUCCAGGGGCGGAGCGGGAGAGCCAGGAGCUGGAGCCUAGAGUGGGGCGGGAAGAUGGCGCUAAGACUGUGGCAAAAUGCCGGCCGCGCUGUAGAGGCUGUUGCAGCUGCUGCCGCGAGAGCCGGAGCUGGAGCCGGAGGUGUAGCAGGACUCCUGGGAAAUUUGAAGGUUUCUCUGGCAGUGAAUGUUUUCAAGACUGGAUAUUGUUCUUCAGUUAAUCACAAGUACAUUCCCAGGAGGGCAGUGCUGUAUGUUCCUGGAAAUGAUGAAAAGAAAAUACAGAAAGUACCAUCACUGAAUGUCGACUGUGCAGUGUUAGACUGUGAAGAUGGUGUGGCUAUGAAUAAAAAGGAUGAAGCAAGAUUGAGAAUAGUGAAGACCCUCGAAGAGUUUGAUUUGGGCCCAACUGAAAAGUGUGUGAGGAUCAAUGCAGUCUCCAGUGGCCUUGCUGAGCAAGAUUUGGAGGCCCUCCUGCAAUCCCAGGUCCUCCCUUCCAGCCUGAUGCUGCCAAAGGUUGAAAAUCCUGAAGAAAUACGCUGGUUUUCAGACAAAUUUUUAUUCCAUUUAAAAGGCCGAACACUUGUAGAACCAAUGAAUUUAAUCCCUUUUGUGGAAACUGCCAUGGGUUUGCUCAAUUUUAAGGCUGUCUGUGAAGAAACACUGAAGACAGGAUCUCGAGCAGGUCUUCAUCUGGAUGCAGUUGUUUUUGGAGGAGAGGAUUUCCGGGCCAGCAUAGGUAAGCAGGUGAUCCACCCGAACCAAAUUGCAGUGGUCCAAGAGCAGUUUUCUCCAACGAGUGAAAAAAUUAAGUGGGCCAAAGAACUGAUUUCUGCUUUUAAAGAACAUCAACAAUUAGGAAAGGGAGCCUUUACUUUCCAUGGGAGUAUGAUAGACAUGCCAUUACUGAAGCAGGCACAGAACAUUGUUACGCUUGCCACAGCCAUCAAGAAAAAAUGACCUGCUAAAAGAAACUCUCCCCAGGCUAAAGGGUAUUGAAGCCGCCGAGGAUCAACUUGUGGUUGCCAGAGGACGCCAAUGAAGUUUGAAACACCAACAAUCAGAGAUUUUGUUUCUGUUCCUCAUUAAAUCAUGAGCUUUUGU